CUGAGCCGGCGGCAAUGGCGCUCCUCCACCUCCUCUCCCUGCUCCUACUCUGCCCGGAGCCGGCGCUGGCGGGGGACCCGUUCGCCUACUUCGACUGGGAGGUCUCGUACCAGUCGGCCAGCCCGCUGGGCGUGGCGCAGAAGGUCAUCGCCAUCAACGGCCAGUUCCCGGGGCCGCCGCUGAACGUGACCACCAACUGGAACGUGGUGGUGAACGUCCACAACGCCCUCGACGAGCCGCUCCUCCUCACCUGGCACGGCCUCCAGCAUCGCAAGAACUCGUGGCAGGACGGCGUCGCCGGCACCAACUGCCCCAUCCCCGCCGGCUGGAACUGGACCUACCGCUUCCAGGUCAAGGACCUGGUCGGCAGCUUCUUCUACUCCCCCUCCGCCGCGCCGCUCCACCGCGCCGCCGGCGGGUACGGCGGCAUCGUCGUCAACAACCGCGACGUCAUCCCUAUCCCCUUCCCCUUCCCGGACGGCGGCGACCUCACGCUCUUCAUCGGCGACUGGUACGUCAGGUCCCACAAGGACCUCCGCAGGUCCCUGGACUCCGGCGCGCCCCUGGGGCCCCCCGACGGCGUGCUCGUCAACGGGCUGGGGCCCUACCGCUACAACGACUCCAUCGUGCCGCCGGCGAUCACCUACGAGAGGAUCAAUGUCGAGCCUGGGAGGACCUACAGGCUGCGGGUGCACAACGUGGGGGUCUCCACCAGCCUGAAUUUCAGGAUCCAGGGACACAGCCUGCUGCUCGUGGAGACCGAGGGCUCCUACACCUCGCAGCAGAACUACAGCAACAUGGACAUCCAUGUCGGUCAGUCCUACUCCUUCCUGGUCACCAUGGAUCAGAACGCCAGCACCGACUACUACGUCGUCGCCAGCGCCCGCUUCGUCGCCGACCCCGGCGCCGUCAAUAAGCUCACUGGCGUGGCCAUUCUGCAUUACUCCAACUCCCAGGGCCCGGCCUCUGGCCCUCUCCCUCCUCCCCCUGACGACCAGUAUGACACUGCAUUCUCCAUAAACCAAGCCAGAUCCAUCAGGUGGAAUGUUACCGCCAGCGGCGCCCGCCCCAAUCCGCAGGGUUCAUUCCAUUAUGGCGACAUUACGGUGACCGAUGUGUACUUGUUGCAGAGUCGGCCGCCCGAGCUCAUAGACGGGCAACUGCGUUCUACUAUCAAUGGUGUCAGACUUAUAAUAUAAGUCAUGUAUCCCUUUAUAUUUAUCCCGUUGUAUAAGGAGUUUCCUGCAUAUGUUCCACACCUGUACAUGUAUAU